AUGAUUGGCAGCGUGUUCUUCAUAUUCAAUCGCCUGGUUGAGAUCGUCUUCCUGAUUCCAAUCAUUGGCAUGCUGGCCUACUUCGUUAACGGCUAUCUGAAAGCAAACCUGCUGACCCCACCGUAUAUCCUGGUCCUCUUCAUCGUCAGCGUAAUCGCCGUCUUCUGGGCCAUCGACACGCUAAUCCGCUUCUCAACAACAAAGCGAUCCGCAAUCUUCGUCGCGUUCAUGGACCUGCUCUUCGUCGGCGCCUUCAUUGCAGCUGUCUACGAGCUCCGAUUUAUCACCAACGCCAACUGUGCCAGCUGGCAUGGCGGCUCCGUCUGGAUCUCUCUGGGUCCAUUCGGGUCCUAUGGCCAGAGUACAAAUAAUCCGCUGUCGCUGGACGUCAACAAGACCUGCGCUAUGCUGAAGGCUUGCUUCGCACUUGGUAUCAUGGAGACGAUAUUCUUCUUCUGGACUGCGCUGCUUGCGCUGUUUUUGUACCACUCGCAUCGCCCGGUUGUUGUUAAGGAGACGACUGUUCGGAGACGCAGUCAUUCCAGUCGUCGUGGUCAUGGCUCUGGUUCGCACUCGCGUCAUCGCAGCUCCAGUCGCAGCAGACCCGCGCCUUAUGUCGUUUGA